UAUAUAUAUAUAAGUUAUUACUCUAUACGAACGUACAUUAUGGCUCAUGUCGAAGUAAUGGAAGGCUUCAUUUGCCCGAUUUGUAUGACAGAUUUUAAAACUCCGACAUUGUUGACUAAACAUUUUGAGGAGUUUCAUAAAGAUGAUCCUGAGAUAUUAAAAUCUCUUAAAGACUUAUUUGGCAAAGCUAAGAAGAAGAUUUUGAAACAAGAUGGAAUGUUAGAUUAUCCUAAUGAAAUUUCAUCAAAUAAUCAAAAAACUAAGCAAGAAAUAGAUUGGGGGCCCCAAGAAAUUGGUGAAAUGAGAUCUCACACAAAAUACUUCAAAGAUAUAAGAAAUACAAGAUUAGAAAGAUAUUCCAUGGAAACUAAUAAGCUUAUUAUAAGACUGGACAAACUUUUAAAUAAUUUACCAAAUGACCUAGUCGAGCGAAAAGCUCACGAACGUGCUAUUGUACCGUGGGUCGAUGACAAAGAUGUACGGUUGUGUCCUACUUGUGCAAAAAGUUUCAAUUUAACCAGAAGAAAACAUCAUUGUAGAUUAUGCGGAGUUAUGAUGUGCCAUGAUUGUAGUAUGUUUUUAUCUUUAGUCGAGGCACGUAAGAUGACAAGUCCAGCAUCGGUGCAAGAUGAUUUAGCUCUUUCCCCAAUUACUGAAUCUACGCGUUUUACCGAUCGGCUAGUACAAGCAGGAAUUGGUCUUUCUAAACUUGCAAGAUCACCUUCCAGCAGUAGUUUAAACAGCGUUCUAUUACUAAUUAGUGAUUCUUCUAAUAACGAACAGCACUUUAGAGUUUGUCAAUAUUGUAAAAAUCUCCUCGACGCUAGAGAAAGAUUAAAAGCCAGACAUUUUGAGAAGCCAGUAGUUUACCAGUUCUAUGACAAAAUGCAUACUCAGAUUCAAGAAGCUAAUCAUUUCAUAGAAAUAUAUUAUAAAAUGUGGAAUUCCUUGAACGAAGGAGAGUCGACAUAUAAUUUACGAGAUGCACAAAUGGUAAGGGGAAAGAUUGCUAAAAUUGGAGAUAACAUAGACAUAAUAAGUAAGAGAAUAGCUACGCUUGUUAAUAUCGACGAUGAUAGUGCUGUUUCAUUGAAACAAGAAUAUAGAUUGAAUCAAAUGGUACGAACGACCGCGAUGAUUUAUUUAAAAAAUGAAUUAUUAAGAACGCCACCUGUACCAACUACGGAAGAAUACGAGGCUAUAAAGAAAGAACGACAAGAAAGAAUUAAAGCAAGAAUUGCAUACGAAAGGCAAUUAGAAGAAGAGCAAAUGGAAAAACAAAAAGAAUCACAAAGAGAAUAUCAAAAAGUUUAUGAUCAUAGUCCAAAAAGUCCUACGUCCACUUCGAAUCAGGUGGUGUUGGACCAAUCUCAAGGUUGGGGUACGUCAGGUCGUCCUGGAGGAAAUAUAAUGAUAUCGUCCACAUCAAUGGAUCCAUUUAUAGAACAAAUGAGUAAUCUUCGAUUUUACAUAAAACAAGCAAGAGAAGAGUGUAAAUUCGAUGAAGUUGCUGCUUUGGAAAAAAAUUUAAAAGAACUUCAAAGUGCCUACUUUGCAAUGAAACAAAGUGAUAAUAGUUAAUUAAUAUUUUGCAUCAAAAGUAAAGAAAUUAAUUUUACUGUGAUAUACAUGACUAAGACCUAUCAAAAAUUUUAAUAUUUAAAAAACAAAAAGUUUAA